AUGUUGUUUCGCGACUAUCGCGUGCAUCACGCUGCGCCAGACGGCAUUGUCGUGCAGCUCCCGGGCAAUGGCGGGUUUGGCAGAUUGACGGUUGAGACAUUAGGAGGUGAUCUCCUUGCGGAGAAACUUCUCAAACGCCUUGCGUCGCGCGAACAGGUGCGGGCCGUGGCAAGGCGCACGCGUGAUGCGCAGCAGUAUCGUAUCCUUAGCAUACAACUGCGUGAGCUGUGGAGCGAUGUCGCAACGUACCCGCCGCCAGUGGCCACGUUACUCCCCAAUUUGUUUCGCAAAAACGUACUUAUUGGUCUAGGCACCACCACCAUGGCGCGUGUUGUGAAGGCAUCCCCUGAGCGUGGUGCGGUGUUGUCGAUUGCCGGUGGUCUCACUGCCCUGGCAGCGCUUGAACAUGUCGAUGCGCAUGCCGGUGCGGUGGAGGUGCGCCUGCUGAAUUAUGACGUUCAGACUGGCGUUGCCAAUGUCACCGCACGGACGGAGGUGGUGGAACGCACCCCUAGCGAUGUGAUCGCCAUGCAGACAAUUUUCUCAGGUCUGCAGGCAGGUGAUGUGGUGCCAGCCACAGUGUUGCUUUCACUCACGGACGAUCACUGCGCCAUUGUUGAGGUCCCGUGUGGUGCAAGCAGUCUGAUUGGGUACUAUGUUUACAAUUGGCAUGGGACCGCCGCGUCCAGUGAGCCACCCGUCGUGGGGGCUUCUAUGCAACUCGUGAUUGAAUUUGUGCCGCACGGAUCACUGCUGCAGGAGGUUCUCCCGUUUCUUGUGCUUUCCAACAACCGUACCGUCUUCACUUUGCCGCAUUGGCGCAGGGCACCAUUGCCACCGGGAAUGAAAGGACUCCUUGGUCUUUUUCCCUGGCGUGACCGCAAGAGACAACAUUCACUUGGAGGGAAACAGCAGCAGCGGCAGCAGCGACAUCCUGAAACUGAGAGCGACGAAAACGAUAGCAUUGAUGAUAAUGAUGGCACCACCGACAAAAAUGGAGGUGGGGAACAGAAAUUGCGCAAACGAAAAAUUGAGGAGGCUAUUGAUGCAUACGAGCGUUCUAUGGGAACGGCUGUGCCAUCCUCGCCGGAUGAGUUCCGGCGGCUACUUAUGGCUGCUCCAAACAACAGUUAUUUGUGGGUCCAAUGGAUGGCACAUCAUGUUGCUCUCCAGCAGCAGGAAGAAACCCGUCUUGUGGCCGAAAAGGCGCUGAGUACCAUUGGUGUUCGUGAGACGCAGGAACGUCUGAAUGUUUGGGUGGCCUACAUGAAUCUUGAGAAUAUUCAUGGUACGGUGGAGUCUCUUUCGGCAGUGUUUAAGCGAGCGCUGCAACGUGCUCCUGACCAACUUGUCGUGUAUGAACGUCUCGCCGACAUCUUUUCCGCCACACGCAAGCCAAAUCAACUCCUGGCCCUGUGUCGCACCAUGGUGUCCAAGUUUCGCAAUGAGCAACGCACGUGGGAGCGACUUGGUAAGGUGCUUAUAGACCAGAAAAAACGCGAUCAGUUGAGGCGCAUGGUAAAAGACAUGGGCGGUGCUCUACGUCGUGACGCGUAUUCUCUGACGGUUGUGCGCCUUGCCGUCCAUGAGUACAAGAGUGGCAGUGUUGAGAAUGGUCGUGCGUUAUUUGAAGGUCUUGUUGUGCGCAUGCCGAAGAAGUCGGAUGUGUGGUCGGCGUACUUGGAUCAGGAAAUGGCUCUCCUUGUGCGCCGUGACGAGUCCGCCGCGGUGCCCCUCGUGCGGGCUUUACUUGAACGUGCAGUUGCCACGAACUUCUCAGCAAAGGUGAUGCAGCAGUUCCUCACACGUUUCAUGUCAUUUGAGCGGGCAUACGGCUCACCAGCGGAUGUUGAAAAGGUCAAGACCCGUGCGAGAAGUUAUGUGGAGGCAAAAAUCCAUGCGUCAGUGGGGGAUGGGGCUGACGGCAGCGUCACCGCCGUUCACGUGAGCGCAAAGAAUAAUAACGGCAAUAAAGCCAAAAAGAACAAUUCCGGCGUCACUGACGAAACGGAUGAGUAG